UUCACAUCAUUUUCACAAUUGAUAGGUACGUGUUGGAGAAGUUGCGGAUACAAUCUUAUCCUGAGGGGCUUCCAUUUUGAUCUCAUUUUUGUGUUUUCUACCCAAGCGCUGAGUUACUUGCAAGAACAUCGUGCAGAGGAAAUGGCCUUUAAAAUUAGAAAAGUCUCGGUGGCUUUCACGUUGUUUGUGAUGUCCAACUUAGCAGUUUAUUGUGCUGCGGAAGAAAACAAAACCGCAGAACAACAGUGGUACCAAAAGAAACCUCCUCCUUUCUGUUAUGGCGGUAUCCCUGGUAUGCACGGCAAACCUGGGUGUCCUGGGGCCCCAGGUCGUGAUGGUCGUGAUGGCCGCGACGGAGCCAAAGGUGACCGGGGUAGUCCUGGGGAGACUGGACCCCAAGGGCCACCAGGAACCCCUGGAAAGAAUGGUGCCAGAGGAAAACCUGGAGUUCAGGGCCCUCCCGGCCAAAAGGGGCAGCGUGGAGAGAGUGGAGCAAGUGGAAUCCCUGGGACUCCUAAUGGGUUGUUUUAUAAGAAUUGGAAAGAGUGUGCAUGGAAUAAAUUGAACGACGGGAAGGAUAUCGGCCUGAUCAAGGAGUGUUUGUUCACCAAGAACUUCUCUGAUACUUCCCUCCAUGUUUACUGGACUGGCGUUCUUAGAAUCUACGGCUGUGACAGCUGCUGCAAACGCUGGUAUUUCACUUUCAACGGUGCUGAAUGUGCAGCUCCUCUGCCAAUUGACGGUGUUGUGUACAUGCGAACCGGAAAGAAUCAGAACCUUCACCGCGUCCGCCAUAUUGAGGGUCACUGCCACAAUAUCCACAAAGGCAAGGUGCGCGUGGGAUUCUGGGUUGGUAAUUGUGCUAGUUAUGGAAAUGCUGACGCCUACACUGGCUGGAAUUCAGUGUCCCGGAUCUUUAUUGAAGAAGUUCCUAAACCUCAGGCUUACCGAGUGNUCUGUUAUGGUGGUAUCCCUGGUAUGCACGGAAAGCCUGGGUCUCCUGGGGCACCAGGUCGUGAUGGCCGUGAUGGCCGUGACGGAGCCAAAGGUGACCGAGGCAGUCCGGGGAAGACUGGACCCCAGGGAACUCCAGGAACUCCUGGUAUCAAUGGAAAGAAUGGCGCCAAAGGAGAACCUGGAAUCCAAGGCCCUCCCGGCCAAAAGGGGCAGUGUGGAGAGAAUGGAGCAAGUGGAAUUCCUGGUACUCCUGGUCUGAUGUCUUAUAGGAACUGGAAAGAGUGCGCAUGGAAAAACGUGCAUGACGGCAAAGAUAACGGCCUGAUCAAGGACUGUGUUUUCACCAAAAACUUCUCGGAUACAGCUCUCCAUGUUUACUGGACUGGUGCCCUCAGAAUCUACAAGUGCACAGUUUGCUGCAAACGCUGGUAUUUCACUUUCAACGGUGCUGAGUGCUCAUCUCCCCUGCCAAUUGACGGUAUUGUGUAUAUGUGGCAAGGCAACGGCCAAGAUCUGCACCGUGUCCGAAAUAUUGAGGGGCACUGUAACAACAUCCACAAAGGGAAGGUGCACGUGGGAUUCUGGGUUGGUGACUGUGCUCAUGGCGCUAAGGCUGACGCCAUGACAGGCUGGCAGUCAGUGUCCCGGAUCUUUGUUGAAGAAGUUCCUAAACCUCAGGCUUAGAUUAAUUCCAGACAAAACUUCCAUUCUUGCAUGAUCACUUAAAAUGGGACAGUGAUAAAUUGCUGAAUUAUAUCAAACGAGUGGUUUCUGUGAUUACUGGGUGUGUUGUAAUUGUUUAAAACUAUUUGUUUUAGUAACUAAAUAAAAGGCAGGAAGAUGUGAAAGCUUUUCAA